AGUUGCGUCAUAAGCACAAUGGCCGCCGGUCUGUUGAUAUGUAUGAGCUAGUGCGGAAAAGCCUUUGUUUGGUUCCGUGUAAGAGGAGCGAAGUGCAGCCGUUUUUACUCCUCUCCUGACACCGAGACACUCUUUCCACUGAGUAGAAAUAUCUCUGCAGAGAAAAACUCGCUUUCCAAGCUCCAUCGGAACGUGACAUGUAUUUGUAAAACCCACACCGUCCAAAGAGGCCUCAUGGAACCGAGCAACGAUGUGGCGCUGGACAUCAUCAUCACAAACGUGGUUUCCGUCUUCAGGACCAGGUGUCAUUUAAACCUGCGCACUAUCGGCCUGGAGGGUAACAACGUCAUCUACAGACCAGAAGUCGGGAAAGUACUGAUGAAGCUCCGCAAACCUCGCAUCACUGCCUCCAUCUGGUCAUCAGGGAAAAUCAUUUGCACAGGAGCAACAAGUGAAGACGAGGCUAAACUGGGUGCUAGGAGGUUAGCCCGCUGUCUCCAGAAGAUAGGAUUCAAGGUCAGGUUUUCAGAUUUUAAGGUUGUAAACGUCCUGGCCGUGUGCUCCAUGCCAUUUCAGAUCCGUCUUAUCGAGUUCACAAAAAACAACCGUCCCAUAGCCAGCUACGAGCCUGAGCUCCAUCCAGCUGCUACGUACAGAAUUAAACCCCUCAGAGCCACAGUGCAAGUGUUCUCCACAGGCAACAUCACAGUCACAGGACCAAACGUUCAGACUGUUGCGUCAGCAGUGGAACAGAUUUAUCCUCUACUGUUCGAGUGUCGGAAAAAAAUGGCAUAAAACACCCACCCCAACACACAGAGUCUGGGGGGAAAAACCUUAAGAAGCACCUUAUAAGAGAACGUGUUUUAAAACUUUAAACUGUCGGCCUCCUCGGCGUGUAGUAACCGAACCUUUUAAUAAUCAAACCUUAUUUUAGUGCAUGGACACCAAAGUCGAUGAAAAGCUGUUGCUCUUCCUUCUGAAACGUCAGAGUUUUAUAGAAAACUGAAGCUGGCUUUAGUAAGAGCAACACCGAGGACGGACGUUAAAACGAGAGCAGGCGCGGCUGAGCAGGAUGUAACGUGAUACUGACCUGCUGCACUUCUGUCGAACAAGAACGCUGGUUUACAAGGUUCGCGCGGCAGUACGCAGCUCACGUGUUUAUGUAAUAUGUUCCCAUUUUGUAUUUUAUAUUAAAGGAGAUAAUAAUC